GACUCCAGAACUAUCCCCUGCGCGCAUUUACUUCACGUGCCUGCCUUUCCCACAAGUUGCAUAAAGAAAGGAGGCUAACUCUCCUCAGAUGGUACACUGAAUAGACCAAGGAAAAAAUCAGAAGAAGAAAACGCGAGCGAAGGCAAGGUAAGGGGAGCGGAAGGAAUCGAUCAAUGGCAGAGGGCGAGGGAGAGAGGACGAAGAAGAGGGUGAUGGUGGCCAUCGACGAGAGCGAGUGCAGCCACCACGCACUGGAGUGGACCCUCGCCAACCUCCGCGACUCCCUCUCCUCCCCUCUCCUUAUUUACACCGUUCAGCCCCUUCAGAACGUCAGCUUCCUCGCUGCUGCAUCCUACGGCUCUCCCCCCCCCGAGUUGAUUCGGUCGGUGCAAGAAUACCAGCAGAAGGUUUCGCUUGCUCUGUUGGAGAAGGCCAAGGAGAUCUGUUCUGAGCGCGGGGUAGUAGCAGAAACAAUUACAGAGAUGGGAGAUCCUAAAGAAGCCAUAUGCCAAGCAGUUGAAAAGUUUGAUGUCAGUUUGCUUAUUUUGGGUAAUCAUGGUAAAGGAGCCUUACAGAGCUUGUUCUUGGCUCAGAGACAAAUUGACCAAGACUUCUUGACCAGUGGACAAGGAUUGCUUUUUUAAACAAAGAAUUGUCUUUUAUUGUAACGUUACACGUUUUGCUACAUCUCUAUCUUUUGGAAUAGGUGCUAGUGCCUGGGUAGCAUCAGACAGGGCACAAAUCGAUGUGGCUUUUUGCCUAAGUGAUAUGCUUCAUGGUUUCAAUUUCUCUUCAAGCCAUUCUCUCUUAUAGCAUUUGGUUUGCUGAGAGGUUGCCUGGCAUUCGGUGACAGAACAUCUCUGUGCCCAAAUUUCAUGAAUUUAGGGGCCUAUGUGUUAUAUUCUCCGAAAUAAUCUUCUCUUUUAGCAUAACUAGUGAACAUUUUACGACGGUCUAACCCAUGCCCUGGUUCCUUGGAUAUGGGAUUAACAUUGAGUAGACUCUAACACUCAAGGGGCCAAAUUAAACUAGGGAAGAGAAUGUGUUAUUGAUAGCUAAGUUGCCUACAGUAAACACUAUGAGGAGAUUGAUAAUAAUAAAAAUUUUCAUAAGAUCCCAUUCAAUAGAUCAAGUGAGGUGGAAAAAUGGCUGAAACAAAGCAUGAAAAUGCAAAGUGGUUUCAAAGAUAAUACCAAUGGAUGACCAGUUUUCUAGAGCCCACUAAUUUCAUCCUAGGUGGGUAAUAAUGCUCUAAAGCCAAUAUCGAUGGUAGGGCCAACCUAGGAGCCCAUGUAUUAAAUAGUCACAAAGUUUUUUCAACCAUUAUUUGCUAUGCACAAGGACAAGUGUGCGAAUAGAUCAGGUUCACGACCUGCUUGCCCCAGACCCUAUCUGAGCUAGCUUUAGGUCUCAGCUUUAGUUGCAGAUCUGGUGCAUUUGCCAAUUAUAUGUGGGACUGGUUGGUCAGGUCCAAGUCUGUGUGGUCUAUACCCAAUUUCACUGGCGUUUUUAAUGGAUAGGUCCAGAUUAGGCCAGUUCCAGCUUAUUGUCUGGCUCCAGUACA